AAGUACUAAAUAAGGGAACUAUCAGUUCUCUUUGGUACUUCGAUCUAUAGCCUGUCACACAAGUUGAUCGUUAAACAUAUAAGCAGUAAAAUAUGUCUACUGUACAGGAUCACAUUACCUUUUGGAACGGGGAAAAAAUGCCCAUUGUUGGGCUUGGAACUUGGCUGUCUUCAAAAGAAGAGAUUCAGACAGCAAUCAAUUCUGCGUUAGAAGCUGGUUAUCGUCACAUAGAUACCGCUUACGUCUACUUGAAUGAAGGUGCUAUUGGAGAAGUUCUUCAAGAAUGGAUUCAAUCUGGAAAGAUCAAAAGGGAGGAGCUCUUCAUCGUUACCAAACUACCUAUGACCGGAAAUCGUUCAGAGAAUGUGGAAAAAUUUCUCAGGAAAUCUUUAGAAAAUCUUCGAUUAGAUUAUGUCGAUCUGUAUUUGAUUCACGCACCGGUCGGUCUAAUUGGCAAGGACGACAACGAUAUCUUUCCUCUCAACGCCGAUGGAUCUGUUGUGUUGGACAUGACUACAGAUUUGGUUGAUAUUUGGAAGUCAAUGGAAAAUCAAGUAGACUCUGGCUUGACCAAAUCGAUCGGUGUGUCGAACUUCAACGGAGAUCAACUUGGACGAAUUAUCAACAAUGCUCGCAUCAAGCCAGCAAACGUACAAGUAGAAUUGCAUACUCAAUUUCAGCAAAAAUCCCUGAGAGAUUUUUGUGAGAAACACGGAAUAACAAUUUGCGCGUAUGCUCCUUUGGGUUCACCGGGUCGGAAUGCUUUUUACACUGGACUCGGUAUUGAUUCGCCGAUAUCCAUUCCUGAUUUAAUGCAACACCCUGUGGUAGCCAGAAUAGCUAAAAAACACAAUAAAACAAAUGCCCAAAUUCUUCUCAAAUACCUGAUGGAACUCGGAAUAGCCGUUAUUCCAAAGAGUGUUAAUCCGGAGCGUAUCCUCGCAAAUUUUCAGGUAUUUGACUUUAACCUGUCACCUAUUGAUAUGGCAAAGUUAAGAGAACUGGACUUAGGAGAGGCAGGACGCACGUUUGAAUUCACGAAGUCAUUCAAAGGAACUGCCAGACACCCAGAAAAUCCUUUUCCGCGCUCAUAAGUGAAAGUUUGAUUGACCAUUUACAUUCCGUAGUAACCAUAGGCAGAAAAAAUCGCAACUUCACCAACGUAAAACCACGUUCUGCGCUUGAAUGAAAUAAAAGAUUCAAAUUAACAAACAGUCUUCUGACCAUUCGAAUUUUCUAACACAGGAAUUCUUACAAUGUUGUAAAACGCAAAUAUUACAGAAAACAAAUACUGAAUAGCUUUCAUGCACAGCAUGAACUAGAAAACACAAGUUCUCAAUACACCCGCGAAGUCGAAGUCGUGAAAAAACAAAACAAAAACACUGGCAUAAAAUUAUCUUCACUAUACAGCGGUAGAAAACUACCGGUAAUCCAAUUGUCUGAUAAAGCUUAACAAAAUUGAGUCAGAAGUAUUAGAAUAUCCACACCAUGUACUGUUCAACACUCUUGUAAUAGUAAGCAUUAAUUUUAAUGGAAUGCGAAGGCAAUGUCAAUUGUUGGAAUUGAAACUGACCGGCAGACGAGAUAAAUCUAUUUCAUUAGCCAUUAAAACAUACCACUGAGUGCAACAAAGGAUUCCAUGUGCAAACACCUACCUCCAAGUACUUGCUGAUGUACCAAUUUUACCAAUAUCAGGCUUCAAAAAUCCCCAUUGAACUCAUCUGCAACUCUUUCUACAAC